ACAGAGCCCAACACGGGUCUCGAACUUGUGAACUGCACGAUCAUGACCCGAGCUGAAGUCGGAUGCCCAACCAACUGAGCCACUCAGGCGCCCCUGAUCAUCAAUAUUUGGAUCACUCUUCUUCAUACGCAAAAUGCACUCACACCAAAAAGUUGCCCUAAGUCAUAGCAUCAAACUCAAAAGUGCAUGAACUCUAGGCGGUGUGUGGUAGUUUUUAUAACAAGUCUGAAUGUUACUCCUCUUUUUCCCGGACCCCCCCCCCCCCCCCCCGGUAUUCAGUAGUGGAACUGGAACAAGAUAACUGCAAUAAACUCUCUCAUUUGGAGAAAGAGAUCAAUAGGAGACAUAUAGUGGCCUCUAGACCAAAGCCAUUCUGCCAUCUCCCUGAGUAGAUAUAUACUCCAUACACCCUGGGUGUGGAAUUUUGAUUAGGCCAUGAUUCCACUCUGGAAAUUCUUCUCUUGCUCAUUGUCCUCAUAGUUGCUGGACAUUCUUCUUUUUCCAUUAUCCUCCUUUACCAUAUAUAGAAUAUAUCCUUCUUGGAAGCUGAAAAGCUUGCUUACUGUGUACACUGUGAUCAAUGUGAUCCAUGUUUGGGACCAACGUUUUUAAAGUUUUGAACCAUUAUAGUCUCUUUACUCUGGCUGGUGGCUAGUUGGCUGGUACAGUUCAAAAACUUGGUAGGCGGCUUAUCUAUUUUUUGGGGUGAGCUUACCUGUGCUAACAGCCACACUGGCAGCUUUUUCUAGACUUCUUACAGUUGCUGUAAUUCUCCACUUUCUUCCCUGUUCUUUUCUCUCCCUAUCUUUACUUAAUUGUGGGUAUCAGGCCACUUUUAGUUUCUUUUCCCUUAGCUAGUUUGUCUAGUUGAAAGGGUUAUUGAAUUCAGAACAUUAAUUGUUUGUUGUUGCUGUUGUUGUUGUUGUUGUUCUGAGGGACCUUAAACCCGUUCAGAGAUCCAAAGCUUGAUUUGAUCAUUGAUUUGAGCCUCCCAAUAAAGCAGAGUUAUAAUCAGUCUUUGUUACUCAAAGGUGUUAUCAUUUGGAAAUGAGCAGUAUUUUUCCUUCCAAUCCUACAAGUUCCCAUAUUUCUGGACUUUCUCUAUAUACUUUCAUUCUGGCAUUCAAAAUGGCUGAUUCUUUUCUAAGCUCAUUUCUUUUUUAUAUUACUUUGUCAAAUGCACUCAGUAGUAACAGACAUAUGCUACUAAUUUUGUUUUUCACACCCUGUUUCAAAAAAAAACAACAAGCUAAUUAGGUACAUAUCUGCCUUCCAAGCUAUCACAUGUGACAGUUUUACCAAAUGUUUUCCACUGUAUAAUAUGGAUCGCCAUCCUUCUAAUCUCUGAUAAUUAUUUUCUAAUCACUUGCCAAUUGUCCCUAAACCAAAGCCAUGUAUUUUAGAUUGUGUCGUGGAUUGUCUCCCCCCCCCCCCCCCCGGCCCGCUUUUGGCUAAAGCAAUACUCCACUUCAGAAUACCAAUUCUGUAUCAAUCAGGAUAGAUUACAUGAUACUCAUGUGCCAAGUUAUCUCUAAAUUUCAGAGACCAAAACACAAAAUUUUACUCUUUGCUUAUGCUACAUGUCCAUGAUGGGUCAACAAAAAGAAUGCUCAUGGUAAACACGCAGGGACCCAAGCUAAUGGCAGCCACCAUCUUUAUUGGUGUAUAUCAUACCAGAGGAAAAGAGCUGUGAAGGGUCUUGAAGUGGUAAUUAAAUUCUUGGUCCAGAAUGACCCUUUCAUUCUCAACCAGAACUAGGUAUAUGGCCCCACCCAACCGUAAAGGAGCUUGGAUGUACAAUCCUAUCAUAUGCUUGGAAGGCAGAAAGCCAAAACUGUACAGUAAAUGGCAUUAAUGAUAUCUGGUUGGUAUUGAAAAAAAAAAGAUGCUCAUACUUGAAAGAUACACAAAAUAUAAUGAAAAUAAUAAAAAUUGUCAAAAAUUCACACCCACAUAAUGGUAACAUUUUUAUGUCCUCCUUUCCAAUUUUUUUUCCUAACCAUAUAUCACAUUUUAUUUUGUGAACAUACCCUAUUUCUAGGGUUACUCUUUCCCUAUUGUAGGAUAUUAAGAUUGUUUCUAGUUUUUCACAUGUAUAUGUGCUAUGAUGUGUAUACAUCCUUUUAUAUCUUUUAAUAUAAAUCUUUUUCUGCAGUUCUGAUCCUAUUUCAAGGUGAUAAUUACUAGGUUCAUAGGGUGAAGGAUACAAAUUCUUUUAAGGAUCAUGUGUAUGGAUACAAUUGCUUUCAAGAAAGGCAGGCAUUGGUCUAUAUUUUAUUAAAAAUGUAAUAAGGACUAUUUUGUUGCUCCCCUUUCUGCAUUGAGUACUACUCCUUUAAAAGUGACUUUCUUUUUAUGCUGUUUUUAGAAAUCUUCACAAUGUAUGCUACAUCUUUUGAAAUUAGAUAAUUAACAAGAUAGAGGUGAAAUAUCAAUAAUGGGUUUUGUUUUUGUUUUUUGGUAUCACAAAAAUAUCCAGGAAAGUGUCAACCAAUUUGAUUUUCCUUAAGCUAUGAUUCAGAGAAAAGUACAGUGAGAUGGGAGGCCCCAUAACUGGGGCUGUAAGGGAUUAAAAUAUUUUUUUGGAUGCAGUUUCAGUAAUAAGCUGCUAGAAUUAUUUUGGCCACAUUUGGAGUCAGGCUUCCUCAAGGAUUGUUUGGCACUUUAGGGGAGGAAACAACCCUCCUAGAGUCCUUGGCUGGAUCUGGAAAUUAAACUGACAACGCCAGAUUGACAGGAGAAAAGCACAGAAAUGUAUUUAAUAUAAAUUUUAUGUGAUGUGGGAGCCUUCAUAAGGAGAAGAAGACUUCCACUUGUGCACUGUAACUUCAGUUCUUAAAGUGCAACUGCUAAGUGUAAGGAUAUGUGCAUUUUCACACUUUUCACUACAUUUUGAAAGGGGUCAAAAUCCUUAGAAAUGUUUGCACCUGUCAAUGCUUGCAGCAGUAUGGAUUCUUCCUCACACUCUGGCCAACACUGGGUAUUACUGCACUUUUUAAUUGUUACCAACCUCAUGGUGGAAACAAGGGAUCUCAUUAUAAUUUCAAUUUGUAUUUCUUUACUUAGGAGUGGAACCGAGCUUCUUUGUAUUUGCCAGCCAUUUGCCUUUCUUCUUCCUGCUGUCUUUGACUUUGAAGCCAUGUAUGUAGAUUACUCGUGUCCCUCUAGGUGCCAGACUCUGAAGUCCGAAUGGCUUGUGCAAGGUCAGCUAGGUUGACAGGGACCGAGCGCUUUUCAACCCGUGCCCUGUGCACCUGGCCGCCCCGCGACUGGCCCUGGGCUGGUGGGGGGAACAGGUGUGGCGUGGUGAAGAGUCCCACGAGUGAGGGGCUCACGAGUCCCACGAGUGGGGGCGCAGAAAGGACGGUCCAGAUUCCACUGAGCGCGGGACAGACACAGCAGCGGGAGAAGCCCCGGAGUACUGCCGGGGAUUCCUUCUGGCCCCUCUCCAGCGUGGUUUCAAAAGUUAUGGGACUACAGAGGCAGCAGCCAUCCCAGGUCUGAGCUUCACCCGGAGGCCAAGAGGCGCAGAGCAGCGGGAUGCGGUGGAGGGGCAGGUUUUUUUUUGUUUUUUGUUUUUUUUUCCACAUCGUCUCCAGGCUAGCGUCAACAAAGAACUGAAAGCAAAACCUUCUUCCGGCCAGCCUUGUGGCCUGUGCUCCGCUAGAUUUGGGCCCUGCAGGCUGCGGAAGGCGCGUCUCUUCUCCGCCAUGGCAUCAGUUUUGAAAGGCAAGGACUCCAAAGCUUCUGAAAGAAUGGUUGAAGUUGCUGGUCAUCCGGUUGGCCUUUUUAAUGAUCAAUUACUGACCACAGUAGUGAAGACUCACUUUCAAGAUAUUAAGAAUAAAGGCGGAGUUGUUGAACAUGUGAUACAUCCAACAAGAACCAGGGGCAGGGGAGUUGCAAAUGUGACAUUCAAAGAGAAAAAAGGUGCAAAGAAUGUCAGCAGAAAACCGAAACACUGUCAGGCAGAAAAGGUUGGACCUGCUCAAUUCACAGUCUCUCAUUUUGGUGAAAAGGUCUUCAGCUCUGUAAAAGCUAUCCUCGAUCUUUCUGUUUUUCGGAGUCAAGUCAUUCUAGAAAGUCUGGUAACGGACCUGACAAGGAAAAUCCCAACUUUAUCCUUCAGUCCUCUGGAACCCAAUGGAAGAGUCUCUGUGCAAGGGUCAUUUCUGGAUAUCCUGAGGCUUAAAGAAACUUUGCUAUUAAAAGCAAGUUCUCUUUUAGAAAAAAACAGGAAUUUUAUCAGUGAGGAGAAGUGGAAAAGCCAGGGCCCCAAAAGGGAUCUCCAGAGAGGCAGUAACUCCUCAGAGUCACCCGGGUCCUCAGUACCUGAGACCACUACGAGCGGAGAAACACUUGUUCUCGAUACAGAUGUAUUCCUUUAUCUGAAAAAGAGCAGAUUUUAUGAAAGCACAUUGAAAAAAUGUCAUGUUUUCUGUCAGGAGAGAGUGGAUGGUGAAAUCACCACAAUCUGUAUAAGAAAUGCUCAACAAUGUUCUCACCCAAACAAUGCAAAGCUUGUGAAAGCACUUAUUGAGGAAUAUUCACUUGCUCUUCACUUUGAGCUUAAAAAAGAGACACUUCUUUUGAAAGGAAAGGAGAAUAGAGAUAAAAGAAGGAUUAAGUCGGCCUGUGAACAAGUAAGUUUGAGGUACCCUAAGGUUCUGAUUAAUUUUUACGAGACGCACAUUGAUAUUAUAGGAUCUUCUUCUGACACAUACUUGCUUAAAAAAGAGAUCAUGAAAUUAAUAAAGCUAAAAAGUUAGGUAAUAAAAUCUCAGCAAUACUGAUAGUGGCAGUCACUCUCCCUUACUGAGCAGAGGCGAUGCUGUGUAUGAUGCACAUUAGUCAUUUAAUCCUUACAACCAUCCUUCAUUGUAGGCAUUGCUAUCCUCGUGUUCUAGGGGAAGAACCUAGGAUUUGGAGAAGUUAAAACAUUUGUCCGGAGUUAUUGAGCAGGCAAAGAAUGGGGUUAAACUUGGCCUAUCUGACUACAAAGAUAAUAUCUAAGUCUUAAAACUUUGAAAAAAAAAUCUCAUUAAACUUUGAAGAAAUCUCACUCUCCCUGAAACCCCAAAUUCUUAGAAUGUAUCUUGCUCAUCUCAAAGUAAACAAAUGUGAUUGUGAUGAUGUGAACUGUUUAGAUGAAAAGAAAAUCACAAGACAAA